AUGGCGACCGCCUCUCAGCUCUUGAAAUCUUAUCAGCCUUCGUUCUCUUUGCCACCCCUCCCGGUCAUUCCAGAGACGAACCCGUCAGCAUGUGUGUUGGACAGCUUCAGGACUGCGAUUGCACAACUUCUUUCGGAGUCGCUCGGACUGCCCAUCGAGAAGGCAUAUGACGGAGUGGAUUACGGGAAGAAGGGAGAGGACUUCACUGUUGCUCUUCCCCGAUUUAGGCUUCCAGGGAAGGUCGACGAGAUUGCGAAAAAGGUCAUCGACAAGUUUACACCCAAUGAAUACAUCGAAUCUGUCGUCCACGACAAAGCCUUCCUCCACUUCCGACUCAAUACCAACAACAUGAUUCGUGCCGUGCUCACUCAAGUGUACGAACUCACACAUGUCGUCCCCAAGUCUGCUGGACGUGAAGACGGCUUGUAUGGACAAAAUAGUGUUGGAGAAGGCAAGAAAGUCAUCAUCGAGUAUUCCUCCCCCAACAUUGCGAAGAGCUUCCACGUCGGCCACUUGAGGAGUACGAUCAUUGGCGCCUUCCUCGCCAACCUCUACAAGACAUGUGGAUGGGAUGUCGUCUCAAUGAAUUACCUCGGUGACUGGGGCACUCAGUUCGGUAUGAUCGCCAGCGGGUACGAAAAGUACGGCAACCAAGAAGCUCUCGAGGCCGACGCGAUUAAACACCUUUUCGACGUCUACGUCCAGGUCAACAAGGACGCUGAAGCCGACCCGGAAGUCAAAGCCAAUGCCGCCGCCUGGUUCAAACGCAUGGAAGAUGGCGACCCCGCUGCCCUCGAGAACUGGAAAGUCUGGCGAUCCAUGUCAAUCAAAAAAUACGAAGACGAAUACGAAAGACUGAACGUGUCUUUCGAUGUCUAUACCGGAGAGAGUGAGGUUGGGAAGGAGAGCAUAGACAAGGCACUGGAGCGGUUGGAUGAAAUGGGGUUGAUUGAGGAGUCCAACGGCGCCAAGUUGAUCAACUUGGAGAAGUGGAAGCUGGGCAAGGCUGUGGUGAGGAAGAAGGACGGAACCAGCAUUUAUUUGACGCGAGAUAUCGGCGGUGCUAUCGAGCGUUACGAAAAGUACAAGUUCGACAAAAUGAUCUACGUCGUUUCGAGUCAGCAAGAUCUCCACCUCGCGCAGUUCUUCAAGGUGUUGGAGUUGAUGGAGUUCCCUUGGGCGAAGGAUUUGUUGCACAUCAAUUAUGGCUUGGUGCAGGGUAUGUCAACGAGGAAGGGGACAGUGGUAUUCUUGAACCAGAUCAUCAACGAGGCGGCGAGUGUGAUGCAUGAGCAGAUGAAGGCGAACGAGGAGAAGUACAGUGCUGUGGAGGAUCCCGAGACGACGAGUAGGGAGAUUGGUAUUACUGGCGUGAAGAUCCAGGAUAUGGCGGCGAAGAGGAUCAACAACUACACCUUCAACUGGGAGAGGAUGUUGUCGUUUGAGGGCGAUACCGGCCCUUAUCUCCAGUAUGCACAUGUGCGACUGGAGUCGCUCAAGAGGAAGAACCCGCACCUCCUCCCUCUGGCUGAGCCCAAGGACCUCAAGCUCGAACUCCUUGCGUCACCACACACGCCCAACCAGGCUAGGGAGAUCGCUUUCCUGCUGGGAUCGUACCCAGACGUGGUCAAGACUGCCUUGAAGACACACGAACCAAGUGGAGUCGUCACCUUCGCCUUCAGGUUGGCCCAUGCCAUCAGCAGCGCUUGGGAUGCAGUUGUCGUGAAGAGUCUUGGUGAAGACGAAAAGGAUAAAGCAAGUGCGCGUUUGUUCCUCUAUUUCUGUGCCAGGGAUGUCCUCGGUAGUGCGUUGAAGCUGUUGACCAUUAGGCCAUUGGAGAGGAUGUAG